AUGCCACCCGCCAGCGCCACCAACCUAUCGUUGACUACAAGCACCCAAGAGUCCCCCUCCACCUCGACGAGGGACUUCUCGUCCCUCUCCCGCCGCAAUGGCGCCACAUCCUCCCACGGCCGCGCCAACCCCUUCUCCGCGACCACCCCCGGAGCUGGCGCCGGAGCUGGCCUCGCCUCCCCCAUAGGCGCCGGCGGAUCCAGCGCCUUCGGCUUGGGGUCCGGCGCCUUUGCCUCCUUCGGCUCCGCCAAGACCCCCAAGACUCCCGGCAACCCCUUCGAGAUGGCCAUGGGCUCCGUGGGAAUGGGCGCCGGUAGCAAGACCCCGUCGGCCGAGAAGUCGCUGAAAGACGCGACCAAGCCGGCCGGUGGCAAACCGACACCCGGCGCGGCCGAAUCGGCGGCGCUGGGUGACUCGGGCUCCUCACACAUGCUUCAGGACAGCUGGGUCUUCUGGACGCGGCCCCCGAUCAGCAAGGCCAACGGCUACAUCGACUACGACAAGACGCUGCAUCCCAUGGCCCAGUGCUCCACCAUCGAGGAGUUCUGGGUCGUCUACAAGCACCUGAAGCCCCCCUCACAGCUCCCCCUCGUCACCGACUACCAUCUAUUCAAGAAGGGGGUCCGGCCGAUAUGGGAGGACGACGAGAACAAGCGCGGUGGCAAGUGGGUGCUGCGUUUGAAGAAGGGCGUUGCCGACCGCUACUGGGAGGAGAUCCUGAUGGCCUGUGUGGGUGGGACGCUGUGCGAGGACAAUGACGAGGUUAACGGCGCUGUGAUCAGUGUACGCAACGGCGAGGACAUUAUCAGCAUCUGGACCGCCUCUACGGGGGGCAAGGUUCUCAAGAUCAGAGAAUCCAUGAAGUCGUUGCUCAAGUGCCCGCCCGAGACCCGCUUCGAGUUCAAAACACACGACGAGAGCAUGAUCCAGCGGGCCACCAUCGACGAGCAACGCCGAGAACGCGCGCAGAACAACCACCACGGCGACAACCAGGGAAACAAGCGCAACCAGCGCCAAAACCACAACACCAAUACCACCACCAACGAUAACCACCACGCACGACAGGAGGAGCAGCGGUCGUAG